CACCAUGUGCGCCCGGUGCCCGGGGCGAGGAGCGGGGAGCAGCCAUGUCCCCCCCCCGCCCAGCCGGGGGUGCCGGGCGGGCGCGGCUCUAAGGUGCCCCCGGCGCGGAAGCUCCUCUGCAUGUGCAGCCUCUCCCUCUGCCUCACCUACCUGUGCUACAGCCUCAUGGGGGGGGGCACCGGCCCGGGCGCCCUGCGCUCCCCCGCCGCCCUCCCCGGCACGGCGGCCCCGGGGGCCCCGCGCUCCCCCGCCGCGCUCCCCCGGCACGGCGCGCCGGCGGCCCCGCGCUCCCCCGCCAGCCCGCCGGGCAGCGGCUCCGGCGCCCCGGCCCCCUCCGCGGCUCCGACGCGGGCCUCCAACGGCAGCCGGGAAGGGGCGGCGGGCGCCUGGCCGCGGACGCCGCUGGCCCCCGGGGAGGUGAUCACGGCGCAGAGCGGAGCCUUCGAGAGGGACCCGCAGGAGUCGAGCACCACGGACGAGGAGCUGAGCCGGGCCGGCAGCCCGGGGAGCCGCGGCGGCGGCGGCAGCACCACGCCGGACUACGGGGAGAAGCGGCUGCCGCAAGCCCUCAUCAUCGGGGUGAAGAAGGGGGGGACGCGGGCGCUGCUGGAGGCCAUCCGGGCGCACCCCGACGUGCGCGCCGUGGGCACCGAGCCCCACUUCUUCGACAGGAACUACGAGAAGGGGCUGGAGUGGUACAGGAACGUGAUGCCCAAGACGCUGGACGGCCAGAUCACCAUGGAGAAGACCCCCAGCUACUUCGUGACCAACGAGGCCCCCAGGCGCAUUCACUCCAUGGCCAAGGACACGAAGCUGAUUGUGGUGGUGAGAAACCCGGUCACACGGGCCAUCUCGGACUACACACAGACGCUCUCCAAGAAGCCAGAGAUCCCCACCUUCGAGGUGCUGGCCUUCAAGAACCGGACCCUGGGGCUGAUCGAUGCCUCCUGGAGCGCAAUCCGCAUCGGGAUCUAUGCCCUGCACUUGGAGAACUGGCUCCAGUACUUCCCCCUCUCCCAAAUCCUUUUUGUCAGUGGCGAGAGGCUCAUCACUGACCCAGCUGGGGAAAUGGCUAAGGUCCAGGACUUCUUAGGCCUCAAGAGGAUUGUGACAGAGAAACAUUUUUAUUUUAAUAAAACCAAGGGGUUCCCCUGUCUAAAGAAGCCAGAGGACAGCAGUGCUCCCCGCUGCUUGGGCAAGUCCAAGGGUCGAACUCACCCCAAAAUAGACCCAGACGUCAUCCACAGACUGCGGAAGUUUUACAAACCCUUCAAUGUCAUGUUUUACCAAAUGACGGGCCAAGAUUUCCAGUGGGAGCAGGAAGAAAGUGAUAAGUAGAACCAUGAAAUCAGGAAAAAAGUUCUUUUCUUUUGAGAUGCAAAUCAUCAUUAGAGACCCAAAAGUCACUCGGGGCUAGAGGCUCAGCCUUGCGAGCGCAAGACUCUUGCGCUGUCAGGGUUGCAGCCAAAGCUGCCCCACGUUUCCAGCUCUGAAACCUUAGUGGCACGUCACCUUGGGUUGCAUUUGGGCUCUCCCCCCUGUGAUGCUGAGGGGGAUCAGGGGGUGGGUGGGAGGAGGAGGAGGCAGAGGGAGCAGGGUUCCUCAGGGUGAUGGGAUGCUUCGUGUUGACAUUUCACUGCUGAUGUCCCCCUCGCAGCCAGGCAGGCAGGACCAGCACCACCUGCCAUGGCUAGCUGAGCGGGAGGGUGGCUCACAAAACCCAGCAACACCGGGAAAAACCCAUAGAUUUGAUUUCUCCUGCCCUGGCUGUUAGUUUUGCCCAGACAGCAGCAUCAGAUCUGGUAAAUUCAGGACACGUGCAUUCACAUGCACACUGGUAUUUGUGUGUGGAAGGAAUAAAGCCAGUUAUGCUGCAAAGGAACUAUGUACAGAAACUUCAUUUGCACCAGACAUUUCAAUUACUUGUUGCACUAAAACUAGUAUUUACCAAGUGCCACAAAACACCUGGGCCCAAUUCUCCUCCGACUGAUGGGUGUAUCGCCACUGUUGGAAGAGAGUCGUUCCUGCUUUGCUGGGCUGCUCAGUGAAAUCAGAACCGGGGCCUCCCCCGGACUCCCCCACUCCUCCUGGAAGCCGCACCGAAGGCCAUUCCCAGGCAUCCGCUCGGAGUGAGCGGGGGUCUCACCGCCCGGCCAGGCUGCUGAGGUGCGUUGCAGAGCCACGUGUGCCCAUGCAGCACCCCCCAGCAAGGUUGUGCUGUGCCCUGCUCCGCGGUUUGGAGCCAGGCGUUCCUGGUGGGAACCGAGGGGCUGACUGUAGGGCAGAGGCAUGGGGGACAGCCCCAGCGUAGGGUCUGGGCAGGGCUGACUGUCGGAGCCCCUGGCACUGCCCUUCAUUUGCACCUUGAAAACGAGAGCUCUGCUGCUUGCUGUUGACAGCCAGGUUUGCAAAAUGGGGAAGCAGCCUUCAUCUUUACUUCAGAAUUACAAAAGAGCAAUUAAUUCCCAGGGCGAGUGCUGCUCUGCGCAAAAAAUGUGUGCUUUCUAGUGGAAAUGACCACGUCAACCAAAUUUGCAAAUCCUGGUAGAAACUGUAGAAUAAACCCAUAUCCCAACUGGAUCCUCCAGCAACGUGAUGAGAGCUGCAUGCUGGAACCAGUGGAGAGCAGGCCAGCAGCACUUUGACACAGCUGCGCUGUUUCCAUCUCCAUUACUGAGAGAAAAACAGAAAGAGAGGGAACAAAAGGAAGAAUGCAGAUCUCCUGUGGCUGAAAUGUUCCCUUCGCAUGGGCGAUUUCUAAGGGCACUCAAAUAUUGCUGGCCGCUUUCUUUGUUUUAACGAGUGGUAAGAAUGCCUCCCUGGUGGAGCGUAGCUGUGUGUGAGUCCCCCGUCCCCUUUCAGGUGGGUCCCUGGCUGUUGGAAAGCAGCAGAGAUGCAGUGCGAGAUCGCUGUGGGAGGACCAAGACUCAGUUUUGAUUAAGGUGGCAAGAAAUCCCUGCUGAUCCAGCUAACCAAAUGAAAUCACUGUUACGUUGGGUAACAAGCUGAACCUGCUUUGAGUUUCAUGGCCUGUUGUGUGGUUCAUUGUGCCAUGAAGUGGUGCUGGUGCCUUGGAGUGGAUGAAAAAGAGCUGAAGCCAUUUGGAAAAUUUACGCCAUGGGCCAUGCUGGAGGGGCACCACAAGCUCCCUGCUAACAUCAUGUCAGUUCCUAUUAGCCUGAUUAGAUUUAAAAACAGCUCCUGACAUAACAUAGCUUUUCACAGUCCCACAAAUCCUGAAAUUAUUACAUGAAAAUUGGAAGUAUGUAAGAGGAAUAAUUUUGCAGUGUUUCACACAUUAUUAAAAUGUCAGAUCAGCUCCUAAGUGAAAACUGUUGUUACACAAUUUGGUGUAAGCUCGAUGGAUUCAGUUGGAGGAUGAGGGGCUUAUUGAGGCCCAGUGUCCAGGCUCCUCACCGGAGGGAUAUCCAGAAAUUUUUGCCUGUUCCCAGCAUGCUGCAGCCCCGACGCUGCAGCGGGCUGGCCCUGACGGUGCUGAGCGGAGCCUGCCAGUGGAGACGGCGGGACCAGCAGCCCUGGCUGCCUGCUGGAGGGGCUUGGCUCCGGCAGGACGCCAUCCCAGGUCAUGGCUUGGCCGGGACCUGGCAGGUUGGCGGCUGCACGCAACCCCAGCUGUUACGGCCAUCAGCGUGGCACUGUGCAUUGCCUUUGUGGCGAAAGCUUGGACUCCCUCAGCCCCCAUCCGCGGCUUAACCAGGAGCAGGUCUUCUCCGAGCAAGGUCUCCUUGAGCUUGAAAGAGCCCCUGAGAACCCCCGUCCCCAGCCAGCAGGUCUCCGGGCACACCCCAGCCUUGGUCUGGUCCGGCCCGGGCACUGCCCUGUGUCUGUCUCCCUGGGCGGCUCCGGCUGGCUUCUCCCGGGAAGAGCCUCUGGUCCCCGACUGCCAUCAAGCCACCGUCGCUCUUCUCAUCGUGCCCCUCGCUGGAGGGACAGGAGGUCUGAAAACGCAUGUUUGUCUGAGAAUUACGACCUAAUGAAGCACCCCCUUAGGGAGGUCAUGGCGUGCGGCGGGGCCGGGCAGGAGCGUCCGUCCUGCGCUGGGACGAAGCACAGUUGCGCCUGGGGCUCAGUCCUGGAGCUGGAACAAGGCCCUGGAGCAGGGAUGCGGAGGAGGGUCCUGCAGGAGGGCUCCCAGCGCAGGGCUCCAGAGCAGGACGCAGCCGGCCCCGGCCCCCGGGCCCCCCAGGAGGGGCCACCCGAUGGUUUACAGAAGCGGGGCGGGUGGUGGGAGGUGCUGCGCCUGCCCCGCACUCUCGCUCCCGUUUGUUCUGCCAUACAUUCAGAGGUUUAUUUUUUAUAUUGGCUGCAAUCUCCAGCUCGGGAGGAGCCACCGAGCGCCUGGCGGCAGAGGAGGCCCCACUCUUCCACCCCUGAGCGGCUGCCCCAUGGACGCCGACCGCCCCAGCACGAUGGGACGGGACCCCCUCGCCUCCCCAGGUGCCACCGCGGCACCAGCGGCCCCUUCGCAGUGCUGGAAGGGAGCGGGGUGCGCCAGCCACCCACCCUGGGGGCGGGUGGGGGACACGGGCGGCACGGGGGGGGCCUCUGGGGUCAUUUAUUCUCUUUUCUGUUUUUCUGAAAUGCACCCCGUGUCUGCCGUGCUAAUGCAGGGGCUUGACAGGGGAAUUAUUUUCUAUCUGGCCAGAGAGUGGCCUGCCAAAUGAGAGUGAGUCAGGUUAAUAACACUUUUUUUUUAAACUAUUCAAAUGUCAGCAUUAGAAUACACAGGAAAUUGAAUUUUGUAUUUGAUUUCAAUUAACAAAGCAUAAAUUAUAUUUAAUUUUAUACACAGACUGGGUGAUUCAUUGUUCUGGAAAAGCUGGUACUUUAUGGUUCAGAGACUGGAAAUGGAGAGUUAAUCUUUUCUGAAACCAAACUGCUGUGCUGUCGCCUCCUCCCAAACGCGUCUCUGUCUGUCGGUGUCACUCUGUACCUGAACAGUAUGAAAAUCCUGAACUGAACACUUGAACCCACAGCACUAACAAUAAAACAUUGUAGCAGCUGCA